UAUCCGAACGCAACCUGGCCUCAUAAGCUCCCAGAUCCUUCCUACCCACACCGGCACAAGGUCUCUCUCUUCCUCUCUAAAAAUCCCCUCCUCCUCAUUCUCCCCUUAUCCUUUUAAGCUUCAGAAUACAAAUUUCUUAUAUAAAAACACACCUCAAUUUAAAAUCUUCCCGCUCCUCUUAACCCAACACCACCCUUUCUCGCUCGAUCGAUUUCCCCUGAAAUCACCGCAGAUCUGUGCUCCCCAAAAGUGGAAGUGCAAGGUCUCACUCAAUACGAAAAAUAGAACAAGGGAAUGGCAGAACAAGGGUUAGAAGGAAGCCAACCAGUAGAUCUCAAGAAGCACCCUUCUGGAAUUGUCCCUACUCUCCAGAAUAUUGUCUCCACAGUCAAUUUAGAUUGCAAAUUGGAUCUCAAGGCCAUUGCACUGCAAGCUCGUAACGCUGAAUACAACCCCAAGCGUUUUGCAGCUGUGAUUAUGAGAAUAAGAGAACCGAAGACGACUGCAUUGAUAUUUGCAUCUGGUAAGAUGGUUUGUACGGGAGCUAAGAGUGAACAACAAUCAAAAUUGGCAGCACGAAAGUAUGCUCGAAUCAUCCAGAAACUCGGUUUUCCAGCUCAGUUCAAGGAUUUCAAAAUCCAAAAUAUAGUUGGUUCUUGUGACGUGAAAUUUCCCAUAAGACUUGAAGGCCUGGCGUAUUCCCAUGGUGCCUUCUCAAGUUAUGAACCAGAACUGUUCCCCGGCUUGAUUUAUCGGAUGAAACAACCGAAGAUUGUGCUUCUGAUUUUUGUGUCUGGGAAAAUAGUUCUUACAGGGGCGAAGGUAAGAGGUGAGACAUAUGAAGCCUUUGAGAACAUUUACCCAGUUCUUACAGAGUUCAGGAAAAAUCAGCAAUGAUUAUUUGUGGGAAGCACACAGCAGUUGUAUCCGUGGGGCGGAAUACUUGGCACCAAGACAGUUGGGCCUGGAUUGAAUUGUAAAUAAGGGGAUUGUGCAUGGCUUGACUGGUGGAUGAUUAUAUUUAAGACUUAUUUUUGGGUUACAUAAGAGACUCGUGUAAUUCUGUUUUCGUUGUUUUGUUUACUAAUAUCAGAGUAA